AUGAACGCCUCUGAGCCCUGUACUUUUGCGGAUCGUUUUGGGACUUCAUUACAUAGGCACAAUGAUCGAAGUCAUUUGGCCUUUGGUGGUCGUUUAACCAUGACCCUCUCCUCUUCUCUCUCUUCUCUCCCUAGUCCUCUUUUGCGUGUUUCUAGGAGGCGGAGCUGUAGUCCCGGCGGCGGAAGGAAGAGAGGAAGAAAGGGGCGAGCCCGGGCAGCCGGCGGCGGCGCGAGGCUCUCGCUCGGUGCGCGAGCGUCUGUGUCCAGGCGCUUGGUUUUCGGGCGAUCAGGGUCGGCGUCGAGCUCUCUCUGGGGCCGCUGCCGCUGCUGCUGUUCUGCUGGUGCUUGUGCCGCUGCCGUGGGUCUCGGGCGGCGACAGAGCGGGGCCGGCCGCGGGGCGGGCGGGGAGGGAGGAGGUGGUGAAGGCGGCGGGCCGGGGGGGAAGAUGCCGCUGGCGCAGCUGGCGGACCCGUGGCAGAAGAUGGCUGUGGAGAGCCCGUCCGACAGCACUGAGGAUUAUAUCUUUAUCCUUGAAAUUUAAAAACAUUUGCCAGGACAUGUCUUGGUGUUGAUGAUCUCUGUUGAACCUUCUCAGUCUACAGUCUCAGAUUUUGGAAAGAGAGUACAAAGAAGAAAAUCCUAUGGCUCAGGAUAAAUGAGGAGCUGAUUCUUAAUCCUGUCACAUUG